AUGCAUAGCUUGGGCCAUUUAAGGUCGACCUUUCAACUCAGGAGGCAACUCGUGUCUAGCCUACGGUUCUCAAAAUUAAAUUAUUCAAGUAAAAAUGACAAUUCUGACAAAGAUAAAGAACUAGCUAAGAAGGAUGAGGAUAAGGCUGUAUUCCAAGUGAACCGAAAGACAUCUUCAUCAGCGCCCGCUGAUAUGCCCAUUGAUCAGGGAAUUCAAAGCUUGAUGAAAAAAGACAACAAGCCUUACGUGCCUAAGUUAAGACACGACAGGCUCUCGUACGAUAUGCCUGGAAUGCCAAAUCAAGACGAAUUCACGAAGUUCUCCAACAAAGUGCAAAAGCCAAAGACAGUAACUCGUUGGAGUAGAUAUAUGCCUAAGGUUUUGGCGGCUUUGCUUGUGUUAUGGGGUGGCUAUACCGUCAAAGUGUGGUAUUUCCCAUCCGAAAAGGGUUCAGAUAGUAAAGAACUCUUGGACCCGGAUCAUUUCCAUCCAUUCAAGGUCACUCAUGUCAAGCAGGUUGACGAGGAUCACUUUUUGAUUGAGGUUGUUCCUAAAUUCAAGAAUUGGCAAUACAGCUACUAUGCUAACUACGAAGGAAAGACGAUCUGGAAUGGAGAUAGACUCUGGUCCGUUGAGAUCAUGCAGCCCCAGAUCCAGAUCGUGAGAUCCUACACUCCUUUACCUUUAUACUUCAUGAAAUCUGAGAGAACCCGGUCUGGAGAAGAGGAGCCGCUCCUUAGAAUCAUUGACAAUGACAGAGAAGAUUAUGAUAAGGGUGGAGUCAUGACUUUCUAUAUCAAAAAGUACGAUGAUGGAGAAAUGUCGAGAUAUCUCACUUCUCGAAAAGUGGGCGAUAUUAUUGAUAUUAGAGGCCCAUACACUGACUACAAAUUUCCACAUCACCCACUUAAACAGUUUCAUCAGAGGCCUAUGUUUAGGGACUUACCAUCGAAGGUCGAGGCUGAAUCACUUUUGCCUGUUUUGAAGAAGGAGAAUAACUUACCUGAUUUUGAUAACCUCAAUUUCUUUGGUGCUGGUACAGGCCUUGCUCCUAUUCUUCAGUGUCUUUUUUCCAGAAACCCAUACAGAGGCUUUGUGGAUGUUCACUAUUCUGCCCACAAGCCAUCAGAACUAGAACCUUUUAGAAGAUACCUAUUCUUCUUAGAGAAGCUUGAUAGGAUCAGGCUUCAAACUCAUUACGAUAGUCAACCAAAAACUGCCCUUUCAUCAAAAGAUAUCCAGAAACCGCUGAAACCAAACUUUUUGAGUUCUAUGAGGGUUGAACAGCUGAUGGAGAAAAAGGAAGAGUUACUGGAAGAGGACAAGUUGAAACUUAGAAUGGCAAUCAUGCGUGAUACUAAGGAAGAAAAACAGUCCAAAGAUACAGUCCCAGCUGAAGAGACCCAGCGGGUCCCUCGUUACGAAAAUGCUCUUCAUCAAGCUCAACAUACAGCUGCUGAGCCAAAGACUCCACCAUCGCUUGCAGUGGUCUGUGGUCCCGAUGGCUACGUGGACUAUGUGGCGGGCAAAAAACUUCUUGAAACUAAUGAGCAAGGAGACGUGGCUGGUCUUCUUGGCAAGAAAGGCUGGGAUAACUCGAACGUUUUCAAAUUAUAA